AUGAGUAAUAUUGGAGAUAAUGACUUUAACCAUCAGAAGAUGUCAAAGGGGGAGACGUUUGGCCCUUGUUCUAGGAAGGGUGAUGGCAAGGAAAAGCCCUUCCUCUUAUGUGGUAAGUGUGGUAAAAACUAUCUAAGGGAGUGCUUGUGCGUCAUAGGGAGUUGUUAUAGUUAUGGAAAAAGUGGACAUAAGGAGAAGGACUGUCUAGUGACAUCUAGAAAAGGGAGGCAGUCCAAGAAUGCUCGAGAUGAAGGUAGAGCUUCUCAAUCCAAGCCCGGUGGUAGUUUUAGUACAUCUACUUUUUCCAAGUGUUCCAAGUGUGGGAAAAACUAUAGGGGAGAGUGCUUAGUGGGGUUGAAUACUUGCUAUAGGUGUGUAAAGCUGGGUCAUUAUGCAAGGGAGUGUAGGAGUGGUACUAGACCUCAGGCUCUGGACUAG